AUGAUGCUGCAGCCGCUGGAGGAGAAUCUCAGCACAGAUUUCUCUCGAGAGAAUUUGGCAUUUAAAGGAAAGGCUGUACAGUCAAGCACAUUUAAUGCCUGGGGAGCUGCAAAGGCCAUCGACGGCAUCAGAUACACUCCAAGCUGCGCCCACACAUCAUACGAGCUCAACCCGUGGUGGAGGCUGGACCUGCUGGAUUCUUACUACAUUUACAAAGUGACCGUCACCAACAGAGACGACUACUGUCUGGAUCAAACGACUGGAGUAGAGAUCCGCAUCGGAAACUCUCUGGAGAACAACGGCAACAACAAUCCCAGAUCUGGUGUCACUUCACUUGUCCCAGCAGGCAGUUCUGUCAGUUUCUCUUGUGGAGGAAUGGAAGGUCGUUAUGUGAACAUGUACAUUCCUAACAUUCAGAAGUAUCUCACGCUGUGUGAGGUGGAGGUUUAUGGAACAGCCAAGAAGCAGGUGACCCGAGUGCAGGUGAAAGCUGCUGAGAAUGUGGAUGAAGCUGAACUGAAGGAGCUCGUCUUAAACCAGAUUUCCCCAUCAGCGUGA